AUGCCCAAAUCAACCAUGAAGCAGAAGACUCGCCAAAAGGCGAACCCCAGUUCACACACGCCUUUUGAGAGCAUAAAGCCUAGUCGUAAAAAUGGCGAUGAGGAUGUUCCUGAGAAGGACGAGACCGAGCUGAAGUUAGAGAGAAUGCUUUUCGGCGACGAUGAGGGAUUCCACGGCGCAUUGAGAAGCCAUCAAAAUCGCAGUUUGGCGGCGCUCGCGGCCAUGAGUGAUGAGGAGAGUAUUGACGAGGAGGGGGGUGAUAAAGGAGGAGAAUAUAAAGACCUGAGUGAUGUGGAUGACGCCGAUCUCUUCUUCCUCGAUUCAGGAGCAGGCCCCGUUUCUGGGGAUAUUACCGAGUCUCCUGAGCUACCAUCAGAUGCCGAGGACGAUGAUGAUGAGGAGGCGGAUAAAAUGCCAGCAGCGUGGCAUGAUAGCGACGAUGAACGCCUUACAAUUUCACUAGCGAGCCACCAGAGACUGAGGAAGCUGCGUGUUGCCGAGUCGGAAGAUGUGAUCAGCGGCAAGGAGUAUAUCCGGCGACUUCGCAGGCAGUACCAACAACUGCAUCCUACACCCGAAUGGGCGAACCCCGAGUCAAGUGUGAAGGAUGCUAACGGCGAUUCUGACGCGGACGGAAUGGAUACAGAUGACGAAGGGCAAGGUUCCACGCAGCCUCUGGCGAAAUUACUUCAAAGCGCCGACCUCACUAAGCUCGAGGAUAAGUCACUACCGGGUGGGAAGAGAAAGUUGCGCCAGGAAGUUCUGGGUAUUCAGAGAUUGAAGGAUGUCGGGAAAGACCAGCCGUCUGCGAUCGACUCUCUUUCUUUCCAUCCCCAUUACCCGUUGCUCCUGUCGUCGGGACCUGCCGCGACGCUUUUCCUUCACCAUAUCUCCCCCUCAUCCCCGGCGCCUAACCCCCUUCUCACGUCGUUCCAUAUCCGCUGCACACCCAUCCACACCUCCGCGUUUGCGCCUCCCACUGGCAAUAAGAUCUUUGCCUCUGGUCGCCGACGAUAUUUCCACAUCUGGGACCUGGACACGGGCAAGGUCGACAAGGUCAAUGGAACCGCGGACCGAAAAGAAGAACAGAAAUCCAUGGAGCGAUUCAAGCUCUCCCCCUGCGGACGGUAUGUUGGGCUUGUCGGCACGUCGCGCAAGGGCGGCGGUCUCAUCAACGUGCUUGAUUCGGGGACGGCACAAUGGGUCGCGCAGGUCCGUGUAGACGGCAAAGGUGGAGUUGCCGACUUCGCCUGGUGGAGUGACGGCGAGGGCAUGACGGUUGUCAGCAAGAAUGGCGAAGUGUCCGAAUGGGAUGGGCGACUGAUGCAGGUUGUGGCCCGGUGGGUGGAUGCAGGUGCAGUGGGCACUACAGUGCUCAGCCUGGGGGGACGAUCGGGACGAACCCAGCUAGGAGGCGACCGCUGGGUCGUGAUUGGGAGCUCCAGUGGAGUGGUUAAUGUCUACGACCGACGCCCGUGGGCAGCGGCCUACGCAAGUGAUCCCUCGUCGGCGAUUCCACGAAACCCAGAACCGGUGCGUGCGCUGGGCCAGCUUGUAACGCCGAUCAGUCAUUUAGUAUUCGCACCCGAUGGACAAUUCUUUGUGAUGGCGAGUCGAUGGAAGCGUGACGCAUUGAGAAUCGUUCACCUUCCCACAUGCACUGUGUACCGUAACUGGCCGACAUCCAACACGCCUUUGGGACGGAUUUCAGCUGUUGCAGUGUCGCCCAAUUCGGAGCAGUUGGCCGUGGGCAAUGAACAGGGACGAAUCAGAUUGUGGGAGAUUCAGGGAUAA